AUUUUAUUUUAUUUGAAAUCAGUAUCGAAGAAGCUGAAGCACAGUGCGCAUUACUAAACUUAGAAUCCUUAUGUGUAAGUAGUUCUUUUUUUUGCCCCCUUAGUGAAUACGAUUGGAAUACUACAAUAAUCAAAGUUUGCAUAGGCACACCGGUCAUUAAAUUACUUUACUAUUAUCAGGAUGGGUGUUUGUCUUCUGAUUCAGAUAUCUUCAUUUUUGGUGCCAGGACAGUGUACACAGACAUUUUGCCUUGGUGAAGUAGGUCAUGUUGUUUGUUAUGAAAUGGAUGAUAUAGAGCAGAAAAUUGGAUUUGGAAGAAACUCUUUGAUUUCUUUGGCCCUUUUUCUUGGCAGUGAUUACUCUCAGGGUGUUCAUGGUCUUGGUCUGGAGUCAGCAUGCCAGAUUGUUAAAUCGAUUGGGGAUAAUCAUAUUCUUCAAAAAAUUGUGUCAGAAGGACUUUCUUUUGCAAGGAAGAAAAAUAAUCUAAAGAGACAAGGUCAAGUCAAGUGCAACAACACCACAUUGUCUAGCGAAGUGAACAUGAAUGGUGAAUGA